AUGGCUGUCGCGCUUCGAUUGAAUGUUCUUGCUCGACGAUCGGGCCUAGCUUGGUCUAGCAAUGCCCGGCGGCGCGUGCCAUCUAGCAGGGGCUUUUCCACUCCGGCUUCGAGUGUAGAUGGCUCGCUGCCUUUGGCUGGUAUUCGGGUACUUGACAUGACUCGUGUCUUAGCAGGACCAUACUGUACCCAGAUUCUGGGUGAUCUAGGAGCCGAUGUCAUCAAGGUUGAACAUCCUGUGCGAGGUGACGAUACUCGGGCUUGGGGCCCACCUUAUGCGAAGUAUGAGGAUGAGUCUAGGAAGGGGCCUGGCGAGAGCGCCUACUAUCUUGCUGUCAACCGCAAUAAAAAGUCACUUGGAUUGUCCUUCCAACACAAGUCUGGCGUCGAAAUUCUUCACAAACUCGCAAAGGAAUGUGAUGUUCUGGUGGAGAACUACCUUCCAGGUGGCCUUGCCAAAUACGGCAUGGACUACGAAACUCUUCAUAAAAUCAAUCCCAAGUUGAUCUAUGCUAGUAUCACAGGCUAUGGCCAAACAGGGCCUUACAGCAAUCGUGCUGGGUACGAUGUCAUGGUUGAAGCCGAGAUGGGACUGAUGCACAUCACUGGAGCCCGAGACGGUGCCCCAGUCAAAGUCGGUGUAGCAGUCACGGACUUGACGACCGGCUUGUAUACCUCGAAUGCCAUCAUGGCAGCCUUGCUUGCGCGGGUCCGCACAGGGAAAGGCCAGCAUAUCGAUGCUUGUCUAAGCGAUUGCCAGGUCGCCACGCUGUCGAACCUGGCUAGCUCAGCACUGAUCAGUGGCCAGAAGGACUCGGGCCGCUGGGGUACAGCACACCCAUCCAUUGUACCAUACCGGAGCUACAAGACCCUUGAUGGCGAUAUUCUCUUUGGUGGCGGAAACGACAGAUUAUUCGGCGUGCUUAGCGAUAGACUUGGGUUCCCAGAGUGGAAGACAGAUGCCCGCUUCGUGACGAACAGCGACCGUGUCAAGCACCGAGCAGAUAUUGAUGGGUUGAUUGAGACUACAACACAGCAGAAGACUACACAGGAAUGGUUAGAGAUCUUCGAGGGCAGUGGAAUGCCUUAUGCGGCUGUCAAUGAUAUCCAGGGCACAUUGAACCACGAGCACGUUCUGGCACGAAAUAUGGUCACUGAGGUCGAACACCCAGCCUGUGGCCCUAUCAAGUUGGUCAAUACUCCUAUCAAGUACUCCGAAGCGACACCCGGUGUACGCUCCCCUCCACCUACCCUUGGCCAACACACCGAUGAGAUUCUUGGUACUGUUCUUGAUUACGGAGAGGCGGAUAUUGCACGAUUGAAGGAGCAAGGUGUGGUGGCUUGA